AUGGAGAGGCCAGACAAAGCAAAUCACUUUAAAUAUAGUAAAGUGUGCCAUCAGAUCCAGAUGAGCCUCUGUACAAUUGUCUCCUUCGGGGAACUCAACAAUGGAAAGCCCCUGUCUCACCCUCUUCAUCCAUCACCACAAGCACCUCCUUUCAAAAUCCUGUUGGACAGAUGUCACUCCUUACCCCUUUCGCAAAGCACUCCAAUGGGGCUGGACCAACUGGGCUGGAGGAGGCGGAUGUUGCUGAGCACUGGUGCUGAGAAUGACCUGGGUUCAAAGACUCUGGAGGUACGCAGAGAUGGCAGGAAUGGUGGAAGUAGAUGGAAGCCCCUGAAGCCUGGAGCUGAACAGCUGCUAGUCAAUAAACUGAUCAGUGGUGGUUCUAUUGUAAGUGCUGAGGCAGUAUGGGAUCACGUCACCAUGGCCAACCGGGAGUUGGCGUUUAAAGCAGGAGACGUUAUCAAGGUCCUGGAUGCUUCCAACAAGGACUGGUGGUGGGGUCAGAUUGACGAUGAAGAAGGAUGGUUUCCCGCCAGCUUCGUAAGGCUAUGGGUGAACCAAGAAGACGGAGUAGAGGAAGGAACCAGCGAAGUACAGAAUGGCCAUUUGGAUCCAAGCGCCGACUGCCUCUGUCUCAGCAGAACCCUUCAGAACCGGGACCAGAUGAGAGCCAACGUAAUCAAUGAAAUUAUGAGCACAGAGCGGCACUAUAUCAAGCACCUCAAGGACAUUUGUGAGGGUUACUUAAAGCAGUGCCGGAAGAGGAGAGACAUGUUCAGCGAUGAACAGUUAAAGGUCAUAUUCGGCAACAUCGAAGAUAUCUACAGGUUUCAGAUGGGUUUUGUCCGGGACUUGGAGAAACAGUAUAACAACGAGGACCCCCACCUCAGUGAAAUUGGACCUUGUUUCCUGGAACAUCAAGACGGGUUCUGGAUCUAUUCGGAGUACUGUAACAAUCACUUGGAUGCAUGUAUGGAGCUGUCCAAGCUGAUGAAAGAUGGCAGGUACCAGCAUUUCUUCGAAGCAUGUCGUUUGUUGCAGCAGAUGAUUGACAUCGCCAUAGACGGUUUCCUUCUGACACCAGUGCAGAAGAUCUGCAAGUACCCCUUGCAACUGGCAGAGCUGUUGAAGUAUACUGCACAGGAUCACAGUGACUACAGGUACGUGGCUGCUGCACUCGCAGUCAUGAGGAAUGUGACUCAGCAAAUCAAUGAGCGGAAACGGAGACUGGAGAACAUUGACAAGAUAGCUCAGUGGCAGGCCUCAGUCCUGGAUUGGGAGGGAGAUGACAUCUUGGAUCGGAGCUCCGAGUUGAUCUACACCGGGGAGAUGUCCUGGAUUUACCAGCCUUAUGGACGGAACCAGCAGCGCGUUUUCUUCCUCUUUGAUCACCAGAUGGUUCUCUGCAAAAAGGACCUGAUACGAAGAGAUAUCCUGUAUUACAAAGGUCGCAUUGACAUGGAUAAAUAUGAAGUGGUAGAUAUAGAAGACGGGAGAGAUGAUGACUUCAACGUCAGCAUGAAGAAUGCCUUCAAACUUCAUAACAAGGAGACCGAGGAAAUUCACUUAUUCUUUGCCAAGAAGCUGGAGGAGAAACUGCGAUGGCUCAGAGCUUUCAGAGAAGAAAGAAAGAUGGUUCAAGAAGAUGAAAAGAUAGGCUUUGAAAUUUCUGAAAAUCAAAAGCGGCAAGCGGCAAUGACAGUAAGGAAAGUCAGUAAGCAAAAAGGUGUCAGCUACUCCAGGUCGGUUCCUCCAGCCUAUCCACCACCCCAGGAUCCAUUAAAUCAGGGACAAUACAUGGUGACAGAUGGCAUAUCCCAGUCCCAGGUCUUCGAGUUCACCGAACCCAAACGCAGCCAGUCACCAUUCUGGCAAAAUUUCAGCAGGUUAACGCCAUUCAAAAAAUAA